AACAAAACAUUUUCACAUAUUUUAAUACAAAUAUUUAUUUUCGCAUUCGAAAUAGCCACCAAUUUUCCAUACACUUGUUAGACGAAUCUCGGCUGCGACGGCUUCAGUGCCUUCAGCAAAUUUUGUUGUUUUCGGUUUCAGCUCAUUUUUGGAGCGGCAUUCACCUGAUUGUUGGAGAAUUUCUACGCCAUAUUCAUAAAUCCAUGUCUCGUUACCAGUAAUGAUGCGUUUGAUAAAAGUAGGGUCGCCAGCUAGGUUGUCAAGCAUUUUUUUGCGAACUCUAAUCGACGUCGUUUUUCGAAAAAAUGCAGGUCUUUUCGUAGAGUCUAUCACUGACACGCUUCAUUCCGAAAACAUUUACAAAAAUGUGUUGAGUCUGAUAUCUCUCUGUUGUCAACACGACUAAUUUCAAGAACAAUUUCUUUAACUUUAUCGAUCGUCGUAAACAAACAGCCGCCAAGCGCACACUAAUUAACAUAUGAAGAUCAAACUUCACAACAACUUAAAAAACGGAUGUACCAAUGAAGGAAAACUUUUUUUUAAUUUCAGUUUAAAUUGACAACUCCGGGUCAAAUUUCAUCAUAUGACAUUAUGGAUAGACUGUUGAACUAAUAAUAUUCAUCGGUUGUUUUUUCACAAAAUCUGUUGAAAUUUAUUGUAGUAAAUUAAAUUUGUUUUAUCUUAUUUUGACAACCGUUAGUUAAAAAAGUCCUAGCAUGUGACAUAGAGCGUUCUAAGAAUUGAUAAUUCAUGUGCUAUUUUCGACUUUUGUAUACAUUUCUGUAAUAUUAUUAAACCGGAAAAGUCCUAGGGCGUAACAUAUACUUUUCAACUUAUUUGCUUCUAAGGACGGUAUGAAUUCAGAAGGCUUAAGUAUGUUAUGCUAGCUGUUCGAAUUUUAUAUACUUGUCAUUAGGUUUAUUAAACCGGAAGAGUCAUAGCAUAUGACAUUUAACUUUCGACUCAUUUGCUUCAAGAAAUGAUAACAGUUGAUAAGACAUAUCAUUAUGGCCGCUUGGGAAGAUAGGGAAAGUUCAAAAGUUCAGUGAGAGACAAUAAUGUCAGUGAACAAACGCUGAAAAGUUCAUCAUCGCAGCGUAAAAUUUAACGAACGAUAUGUAUUCGCAGAUUAAAAAAAUAAAUUUUUAUUUUAAAAAUAAAUGCCGAAACUCACCGUAACUUGAAGACCGAAAAUAUCAGGAGGUUACCGUUAGUCACCCAAAAUGUUUACUAAAAUUAGCAAAUAAUAUAUUCAACAAAAUAGUUUGUCGCAGUAAUUUUACGAUUACUGGAGUCUAUAUGUCUUUGACAAUGUAAUGAGGUCAUACUUGAAGAUACAUCAUGUCUUAAAUUCUACAUGUAACUCUUUACAUUAAUCCCGAAUCACCAAAUUAUUUAUGCAAAAAUAUUUAUAAAUACUUAAUUAAACAAAUAUCAAAUCGCUUUUCCUUAAGUUUAUUGUUCUUCAAUUAAAUUUAUUUUAUUUUAUUAUUUAUUUUGUCUUUUCAUUUUGUAAGAACACGGAAAAAAUUUGCACCUUGAACAGUAACGUAAUUUCUCGUUUUGCAAAUUUAAAUUCAAAACAAUGCGCUUAAUUCCAACUGAACCAGAACCGGAUCGGCCAAGCAAAGUACGAACUUGGGAUUCCAGCGUAGAGCCGAAGCGCUGAUGCUUUUAAAUGAGUCAAGAUUGUCGGAUUACAUCUGAUCUACAUGCAAAAAGCAAUAGGUACACACACACAUACACUCUUCUAGGGGGCAAUGGAAAAGUUGGCGAAUUCAGUGUGUUUUUAUGGCAAACCGGCCAAGUUUCAAGCGAAACAUACAAAACACGAUCUACAACCUCAGCAGCCGCCGUAAAGAUAGAAACAAUAAUAAUAACACAAUAAACGUUGUAAAACAACAAGAACAUGUUAAUUACUUAAAGCUCUAAGCUGUGUGCAGUAGAAGCUUGAAGCUGCCGCGCCGAUUCCAGUUGAAGCGCGACCAGCAGCGCCGUUCACAUGUUUGUUGUUGACCAAUCGCCAGGAAAGUUUACAACAGCACAACCGCGGCUUUAAAUCAGUGCAACACCAGCGGCCACCGGCAACGGACUUGAAACUUGAACAGUUAUUCGAAUGAGUACAACGCGUACGAUUACAAACAAUAUUUGAGGAACAAAUAUUAUAUAAUAAAAUACUCAUUACAAGUGUUUAAAUAAAAUCGAUUGAAGUGUAAAAAGAGACGGCCACCAAAACGGAGAAUUGAGAACCCGACGUGUUCGACGCGCAGUGAAUGCAAAAUCAGUUGUUCAAUUGUUGUGCACAAUUAAGCGAAACCAUUGAAUUUAAAUAAAUAUAAUUCAAUUGCGCAAAAGAAUUCCUGCAUUUGCUUUUUGUAUUUGCUGUCAACGAAGCCAACAAAUUAAUUCAAUCCGUGCAUACACACUUGUCCCACCAACGAACAAACUCGCACAACAACAACACGAACGCACCGAAAUGUUACUGAAAUUCCUAUCUCUGGCAUAUGUGCUACACUUGGCAACCGCCGCACCGCAGCUUCUCACCUUUAAAGAUGGCAAAUUUGGCGUCAAUUUUGGUGGUUAUCACGCUGAGGCGGGUCUAGGUGGUCUACUUACUGGCAACGCAGCGCAUGGCGGCCUAAGCGCUUCGGCUGGUACACCGUUCGGACAAAGAGCUGGUGCUGGCUUAGGAGGCAGUGUAGAUGGUGAUGCCGCUGGCGUACUGUACGCCGGUGCUGAGGCCAAUCCACAGACCGGUGCUGGAGCCAUUCUUGGCGGAGAUACCAGCAGAGGUGGUUAUGCGGGUUCACAAGCUUUUUCCGGCGGUAGAACUGUGGCCAGUACGAAAAAUCACAUCUUUCCGGGAGCUUUCAGCAAUCAAGUUGACGCAGUGACUAGUGGCCCCAGUGACUUUAAGCCCGCUGGCAACUCUGCAGAGUAUGAUGGCAUUCAAAAGGUCCGACCACCGAAGAAGUAUCUCAUUAAACCGAGUUCAUACAGCAAUAACGCAAAUAAGAAUCCCAAUAAUUCUGACCGUAAGACCACUGUCAACCGUCAUGCCCCCAGCACCGACAUUCUUAAUCAUGCUGAUGAGAUUUCAACCGCUACAUCAGGCAACCAGAAUGAUGACAGCGAUGACGGCACCGCCGCUGCCUCCACUGCCAAAGAACAACAUAACUACGUCAUGAAAUCAAUUGCUGCACUUGUACCCGUUGUACAACACCCGGCAACAGCCCCAAGCGCCCGUGGCACCACAGAGAGCGAAGGGAAAGCCGAGAGCCCACAGCAACUCAGCGACGCUCCACAGCGAGCCGACGGUGCCGAACAUGCUGCAGCGCCACCCACCAUCGUAGUAAGCCGGCAACGCUUGCGCCAAAAGUCACGCACCCGACCCAAUAAACGUGAACGCCAUCUGCAGCGGCAACAGGAGCGCCUUCUGCAAACACAGCAGACGACGGAGGCUAGUGUUAGCGCGGUAGAUACGUCGCCUACAACAAAAACCAAAUACCAGCAAUCAGUUGUUGCUGUGCAGCAACACUCGCAGGUAUCAUAGCCGCUACGAGCGAGU